CCGCCGGCAUAUCCUAAAACAAGAUGAUUACCAAAUUCAUGACAGAGGUCACGGCCAAAUUCAACCCCUUCUCGACCUGCGCAAAGCCCGCCCGCCUGUUCCUGACGUUCCUCCCGCCAAACGUUCGCGCCAAUGGGACGACGGUCCAUACGAGUCUUUUGCCGAGGAACUCUCCCGAGAGCAGUUCUCUCAAGGUCAAAUUCAAGGACGGCAAGGAGAUGGAUUUCAACUGUUCAAAAACCAACAUCAAGAGCUUGAUCGAGGAAGUCGACCGUCACUCGCGCCAGCUGCAAAAGGCUGCUGAUCUGUCCGAAUAAACAAAAGUUCUUGUCUCUAUACUGUUCAAUGCAUUGACGGCGUUAUGCGGGGGCGGGGAUACGGCCUGUGAUGAGGCCAACUGGUGACAGCACGGAAUGUUGUACGAUAUCAUCUUCAUGGAAAAGUUUUCUUGUACUUUUACUGCAGAGCUUAGAUUCUCCUUUUUUUUUUGUUCUUUUUGACUCUGGCAGGGUAUACUAUCAAAGACUAUAGAUUUGAUACACUGGCGCCAUCAAACUUUCAUCAUAAAUUAUGCAUACUAAGCAGAUGCACCGCUGAUGAAGAACCACUUGUCGAUGGAGGCAUCGAUCUUCUCAGGGGGGAGGUCCUGGUGGGGAGGCAGAGGAGGCAGGGACUCGGGGGCAACGCGGCUGGGGGAGUGCUGGACGGUCACGUUGGUG